AUGCAUUACCGCCACGAGGACAUAUUGGUGCCACACGCGAGGAAUAAUCAUUCGCUCGACGUUGCAGGUGCCUCCGACGCGAAAUAUGAGCAAUCCAUCGUCUGGCCAUUCCUUAUCCAGAAUGCGAUGGAAAAUCCGCUCUGCACCACGACCACGUCAGCUGCAUCGACCGUUUCCGUGCUGCUCUGGACGACGAUUGCGGUGUUUGGGAUUGUUUACACCUUGCUGGGAUAUCGAUGCCUACGAGCGAUAGGAUUCCUCACUGGCCUAGCGGCCGGUGCUGGUUGCAUAGUGCUGCUGCAGAACAAAAACAUUACAGGAUUUGGCAAUCUAGCAGCACCAGCAUUAGCUGUCGUUGCUGGACUGUUUGGUGCAGUACUCGGUUCGACACAUCCCAUCUCAUCCACACUUAUAGGAGCUUCCGCUGGUGCAUUAGUAGCUGGUGCAACGAUUGCAGCCUGCAUAGCCACGUUACCUCAUUACAUAUUUGGUGAGAAUGAACUGUUCGUGUCCGUCGUUGGUGGAGCCAUUAUCUGUGCCAUUGUGACACUCUUCUGCCCAAAGUUUAUGUCCAUCAUCGCGUCCAGCAUUAUCGGUUCGGCCAUGAUACUGUGCUCGAUCGAUUUCUUCAUGCACGGACUAAAAACACUUGAAUGGAUCUUUAACAUGACGCCCGAUCCAACGCCACCACCGUGCUGGGGUGGUGUCAUACUCUGCUGUUGGCCCAUCUCGUCCGUGCUCGGUGUGCUGGUGCAGAGCUUCGUCACCGCCUGGAAGAUUGACCAUCGGCGUCAGCUACACCAUCGCCGGAGGCGACACUACAAGGGCCGGUCGGGUUCGCGGUCGCGCGAAACCCGGGAGGAAGCGCGCCAGCGCAAGUAUCGCUAUCUGUAUCAGGUUCGCACUGCCCGGGGCGAUAUUAUCUCGCAGAAUUUUGUGUCCGCCCUUCAGAAGCACGUCACCACAGAUUCUGGCCCACCCUCGGAGGUGUCCACCAAGCUUGGCUCGAACGAUCGCAACACGGCCCGCAGCGACCGAACCCAUCUGACCAAUCUGCCCGAUUCGGACUUUGACAAGAUGGAUUCGAGCUGCGAGAAACGUUGACAGAAGUUGUCGUCCGUGUCGGGCAAGUAGUACCGGUCGGGCGUUGUCGGCCAUCGGCGUAGCGAGCGCCUAUCCCGGCAGUAUUCCAGCCGCAGCAUAGCCCAGGAGAUCGAUCGUGAGCUGGCACGCGCGAUGCCACCGGCCAGCGUUACCGAUCCGCGCUGAUUCAAUCAUC